AUGGAAAAUAAAUCAAAGGAUGGCAAUAUAGCAAUCUUGUCAGCUGAUGGCAAAGCCUGGAAGAAAAAACAGUGUAGCCUUAAAGAUAGAAUUUUAUAUAUUUAUGAAAAUAAAACAACUAAAGUUGAAGAUUCAAAGAUUUUACAUUUCAUUCCAUUGGCAAGAUGUGGUGUUAUUACUACCGCUGUCAAGGGACCAACUGGAAAAGCCAAUUGCUUCAAGAUUAGCCAUCAAUUCGAUGACUCUAUCAUGUAUUGGUUCUCGACAGAGACCGACGACGAGUUGAAAGAUUGGGUUGCCACACUCCAGGUGUGUUGCGCCAUUCAGAAGGAACCGGAGCAAGUCGAGGCAGUUCGUGGACGUUCCAAGUCGAUCGCAUUCAAACCCGAUGCAUUGCAGCUAGCCGGUAUCUCUGAUUUCUCGGGAUGGCUAAAGAAACAAUCGACCAGUGGAUUGCGUAAGGGUUGGAAGAAACGUUGGUGUGUACUCAAGGACAUGGUUCUCUACUACUACGAAGGUCCAGAAUCCAAGUUGAAAGGAAAACAAUCGAUUCCAGGCUGGUCUGUCGAAGCAGACAAUUCGCUACCUUUCUGUAUUAAAUUGUCACAUCCAGCAUAUCCAGUGUUGCUACUGCAAGCGGAGAACGAAGAGGAUCGCACCAAGUGGAUCAACAACAUCAAAGAGAAUCACAAGCAUCUCACAGCAUCAUCGUCGGCAUCGUCGGCAUCGACCACAACCACACCAAGUUCCACCCCAGUAAAAUCCGCAGCAUCACCAGAGCCAAAGCUAAUGAAUGGCGCAAACACUUCUUCAUCCAAAGACAUUUCAGAAUCAUCAGAUACCAAUUCCAAUUUAGACGACAGCAGCAGCGCUGUUACAACCGCUUCCAAAACAACAGUUGCCACACCUUCAUCCAAAGAAGAAGUAGUAGAAGAACAAAAACCAACAGAAAACUCUGUUGUAGUUCCAACUCUUUCCAUCAAUCAUAAUCACAACAAUAAUAAUAUUAAUAGUAUAGAUACCGACUUGUCAGAGUUGUCACAAAUGAGUAGCGCGCCAACCACCCCAAGCAAAGUACUGUCGCCAGGUCGUCCAGCACUGAAACGUGUCGAGACUAAAGAUGUAUUGAGUGAAUUCGACAAGAUGUUCUCGAGUUUCGCAGUGAAUUUGGUCAAGUGUGGACUUUGCAAAGAACCAAUCACCAGUGGCCAGACAUCGAUCGAGGCAGUUGGUCAGCAGUGGCAUUCACACCAUUUACUCUGUUGCCAGUGUGGAAAGCAUCUGAUAGGUCUCGAGGAGAUUCCAUAUGUUGAGCGUGACGGUAAGCUCUACUGCAAGGAGGAUCACGACAAGACCUUCAAGGAGAGCAAUUGCCACAAAUGUCAGAAAUCACUGAUGAUCAAUUUCGUGCACAAGGGUAAAGUCUAUUGCAAAGAUCACUAUGCUUUGGAGAUUGAAGAUCUCAUUUGUCAGGGCUGUGAGAAGCCAUUGGGCGACUUGCCAUACUACUCAUUUGAAAACAAAAAAUGGCAUCACGAUCAUUUCAAAUGUGCCUACUGUAAACAUACCAUUCACAACCCUUCCGACUCGCACUUUAAAAACAAACAACCCUACUGUAAAAAUUGUUAUAAAUCAUUGUUCUAG